UCCAAACGGAAAAGACGGCUAGGAAAAAGCCCGCAGAUGCCUGCUGUUUCCGGGCUGAGAUCGUUUCAGCAAAAUCAGUCUUUUUGUGAAUAACGUGUUGUAGUAUAAACGUUUGUAGACUACAGACUACGUGGACUGUAGUCCACAAAAACAUCUGGUGAAGAGGAGGACUGUAGUUUGACGAAAGCGUACGCUACAAUAAAUGUGUUAGUUUUCAAGGUGGCACAAAGUCCUCUGUUGUCCUCUUUGUAGAUUGUCGCACUUCUUCGAAAGAACGCUCAAGAUUGUGUGCAUACACGACCGGAGACUAAAAAUCUGCUUUAUGAGACAUGUAGUCUGACCCUAUACAUGUAAGCUUCAUUGCCCAGCCUUAAAUGUUUUCUAACAUCCUUUCUCUGCACGCAAAGUUCUGCGGUCGUGACCAGCCAUUCUAUAUUAAUUGCGGCUCAAUAGAUGCAGCUAACUUCAGUUUCGAUCCUGAAGCGAGUAAUCACCGAUUCCGAAGGAACCAGGCUGCACGAGUCCCGCUGGAGUUUUAUGCAACAGGACAGGAGUCUAAAGAUCUUUAACCGAAUAAAGAAGGAAGCAAUUUCGCGUGCAGUUGCAGAACUGUGGUCGAAAGUCCGCACAAAGAAUUCUUAAUAUAAAUUCCAACAUAAUCCAGGCCCCACAGUGGAAUAUAAAUUAUACCGGAUUUCCGGAGCGAAACUUAAGGUGUACGCUUAAUUAUCCCAUGAAGUAUAUCCUGGUGACUGGUGGUGUCAUCUCAGGCAUCGGUAAAGGAAUUAUUGCAAGCAGCAUAGGCACGAUCCUGAAAUCAUGUGGUUUACGAGUUACUGCAAUCAAAAUAGAUCCUUAUAUUAACAUAGAUGCUGGAACCUUCUCACCAUAUGAGCAUGGUGAAGUUUUUGUACUAAAUGAUGGUGGAGAAGUUGACUUAGACUUGGGAAACUAUGAAAGAUUCUUGGACAUUAACCUUUAUAAAGAUAACAACAUAACCACUGGAAAGAUCUAUCAACAUGUUAUCAACAAAGAGAGGCAUGGGGAUUAUUUGGGGAAAACAGUUCAAGUUGUCCCUCAUAUUACCGAUGCUGUUCAGGAAUGGGUAAUGAAUCAGGCAAAAGUUCCUGUGGAUGGUGAUAAGAAAGAGCCACAGAUAUGUGUAAUUGAAUUGGGUGGAACUAUUGGAGAUAUUGAAGGAAUGCCUUUUGUGGAAGCUUUCCGACAGUUUCAGUUUAAGGCCAAAAGAGAAAACUUCUGCAAUAUCCACGUCAGCCUUGUACCACAGCCUAGUGCUACUGGAGAACAGAAAACGAAACCAACUCAGAACAGUGUCCGAGCUUUAAGAGGACUAGGUUUGUCUCCUGACUUGAUAGUCUGCAGAAGUGCUAAGCCUAUAGAAAUGGCUGUAAAAGAAAAGAUCUCCAUGUUUUGCCACGUGGAACCUGAACAGGUAAUAUUCAUCCAUGAUGUUUCUUCUACUUAUCGAGUGCCAAUUCUGCUGGAAGAGCAAGGCAUAAUUAAAUAUUUUAAAGAGAGAUUGAACCUGCCAAUUGAUGACCAACCAAGUGAUCUUCUUUUCAAGUGGAAAAAAAUGGCAGAUAGAUAUGAGAGGAUGCUGAAGACAUGUUCUGUAGCUCUGGUUGGCAAGUAUACAAAACUGAGUGACUGCUAUACAUCUGUUUUCAAGGCCUUAGAACAUUCAGCUCUGGCAAUUAACCACAGACUUGAUUUAAUGUAUAUAGACUCAACAGAGCUUGAACAUAAUGCAGAGGUUGAACAUCCAGUGAAAUUCCACCAAGCCUGGCAAAAACUUUGCAAAGCAGAUUGCAUAUUAGUCCCUGGAGGCUUUGGACACAGAGGAACUGAGGGAAAACUUCAGGCCAUUUCAUGGGCAAGAAAAAAGAAAAAGCCUUUUCUUGGUGUUUGCUUGGGGAUGCAGCUGGCUGUAGUAGAGUUUGCAAGGAACUGUCUAAACUGGCAAGAUGCAAAUUCCACAGAAUUUGACUCACAUACAAAGCAUCCAGUUGUCAUUGAUAUGCCUGAACACAAUCCUGGAGACAUGGGAGGAACAAUGAGACUGGGGAAAAGGAAAACUAUCUUUAAAACUGAGGACUCUGUCUUAAGGAAGCUCUAUGGUGAUGAAGUUUUUGUGGAAGAACGGCACAGGCAUCGCUAUGAGGUGAACCCUGAGAUGAUUCACUUCUUUGAAGAGAAAGGUUUGAGAUUUGUUGGCCAUGACACUGAAGGGAAGAGAAUGGAGGUCAUUGAGCUAGAUGAUCAUCCGUAUUUCAUUGGUGUCCAGUUCCAUCCAGAGUUUUCCUCAAGACCUAUGAAGCCUUCUCCUGCCUACCUUGGUCUCUUGCUUGCUGCAACAGGGUCACUCAAUGCAUACUUGCAACGUGGAUGUAAAUUGUCUCCUAGUGGCACCUACAGUGACCUCAGUGAUGAUAGUUUUCCAGAAAAAGAACUUCCUGAAUCAGAAGCAAGCUGAACAAUAUUCCAAAGAGCAAGAACAUUUAAGAGACAGCAAGAGAAAAAAAUCAAGUGGAAAAAAGGCAUAAUUGAAAAGGGCAUUCCAAAGGAAAAAACCUAUUAUGUUUUAAAGCCAUCAGAGAAGACUGACAUCAAACACAGCUGCUUUCCAUAUGCUUUGUGAAGAUCCCCCUGUGCUCCAGACAAUGCUUCUGCUGCCCCAGAGAAAAAUCAAUUCCAUUUAAGCAUUAAAGUUCUUUUAAAAUUGCAUAAAGGAUUGUCUCGUCCUGUCUUGAUUGUUUAAGGUGAAUGUGCUAGCUUUUAGAGAUAGGAAGGUGUUGGGGAUAUUUUGAAUACAUUUCUGAACCACUUGAAGAAUAUCAUUAACCUUAACUAAAAGCACAUUACUUAUGAAUCACAACUAAUGUAAUCAUCUUAAGAACAGCCCUGCUGGUUCAGGCCCAAGGCCUAUCUAGUCCAGCAUCACACAGUGAUGUUUCACACAGUGGCCCACCAGAUGCCUCUGGGAAUCCCACAGGCAAGAACUGAGGGCAUGCACUCUCUCCUGCUGUUGCUCCCAUGCAACUGGUAUUUAGAGGCAGCUUUCUUCUGAGGCUGGAGGAGGCCUAUAGCCCUCACAUUACUAGCCACUGAAAGACUUGUCCUCCAUGAAUUUAUCUAAACCCUUCUUGAAGCCAUCCAGGCUGUUGGCUGUCACCACAUCUUGUGACAGAGAAUGCCAUAGGUUAAUUAUGCUUUGUGUAAAAAAGUAUUUCCUUUUGUCGGUCCUAAAUUUCUUGGUAAUCGGUUUCAUGAGAUGACCCCUGGUUCUAGUGUUGUGUGUGUGUGUGUGUGAGAGAGAGAGAGAGAGAGAGAGAAGGAAAUUUCUCUCUCUCCACUCUUUCCACACCAUGCAUAAUUUUAUAGACCCCUAUCAUGUUGUCCCUCAGUUGUCUUUUUUCUAAACUAAAAAGUCCCUGGUUUUAUAGCCUAAUCUAAUAUGGAAGGUACUCCAGGACCCUGAUCAUCUUGAUUGCCCUCUUCUGCACCUUCUCUAGUUAUACAAUGUCCUUUUUGAGGUAUGGUGAGCAGAACAGUAUGCCAAAUGUGGCCACACUAUUGAUUUGUAAAAGGGCAUUAUGCUAUUAGCAGUUUUAUUUUCAAUCCCCUUCCUAAUGACUCCAAGUGUAGAAUUGGCUUUUUUCACCUCUACCGCACAUUGUGUCAACACUUUCAAUGAGCUGUCCACCACAGCCCCAAGAACUCUCUCCUGGUCAGUCACCAAGAGCUCACACCACAUCGGCGUAUAUAUCAAGUUGGGUUUUUCUGUCUCUCUCAAUAGGCAUCACUUUAUACUUGCUAACGCUGAACUGCAUAUGCCAUUGCUUCACCCACUCUCCCAGUUUGGAGAGAUCCUUUGGAGCUCCUUGCAAUCUGUUUUAGAUUUCACUACCCUAAAUUGUUUGGUGUCCUCUGCAAAUUUGGCCACCUUGGUAUUUACCCCAAGUUCUAGAUCAUUUAUGAAUAAAUUAAAAAGCUGGUACCAGUACCAAUCCCUGGGGUACCCCUCGUCUUACUUCCCUCCAUUUAGAGUACUGUCCAUUUAUACCUACUCUCUGUUUCCUGUCCUUCAACCAGUUACCAAUCCACACAUAAACCUGUCCCCUUCCCAUGAUGGCUAGGUUUCCUCAAGAGUCUUUGAUAAGGAACUUUGUCAAAAGCUUUUUGAAAAUCCAGGUAUACUAUGUCAACUGGAUCACGUUUAUCCACAUAGUUGUUGACUCUCUUAAAGAACUCCAAAAGGGUUGGUGAGGCAAGAUUUACCUUUGCAGAAGCCAUGCUGGUUCUCCUUCAGCAGGGCCUGUUCUUUUAUAUGCUUAACAAUUUUACCGUUUGAGAAUGCUUUCCAUCAAUUUGCCUGGCACAGACAUUAAGCUAACCAGCCUGUAAUUUCCCGGAUCCCCGCUGGAUCCAUUUUUGAUAAUUGAGAAGCUCGGUUCAGGCACAGGUAUAUGCUUAGUAUCCUCUGCCAUAAAGACCAAUGCAAAGAACUCGUUUAGUUUCUCUGCAAUCUCCUUAUCCUCCUUAAUCCCUAUCAUGCCCUCAUAAUUUAAGGUCCAACCACCUCUCUGGCAGGUUUCCUGCUUCUGAUGUAUUUAAAGAAGUUUUUAUUUCCCUUGAUGCUUUUAGCUACUGUAAAUGUUCCUCAAGCUUUCUUUUCACAUCCAUUAUUGUCUCCUUGCAUUUCUUUUUCAAGAAUUGGUGUUCCUUUCUGUUCUCUUCAUUUGGGCAGGACUUCCAAUUUCUGAAGGAAUUCUUUUUCCCCUUUAUAGCUUCUUCCUAUAAACUUUACUUGCUAGCCAUGCUGGCAUCCUCCUGGACUUGGUGGUACCUUUCCUCCUUUUUGAGAUACAUUCUAACUGGGCUUCUAUUAUUGUGGUUUUAAAUAAAUUCCAUGUAUUCUGGAGCAAAGUGACUCUCUUGAUUUUCCCUUUCAGUUUUCUUUUCACCAAACUCCUCAUUUUAGAGAAGUUUCUUCUUCUUCUGAAGUUCAAAGUUUCUGUUUUAGACUUCCUUGGUGAUUCUCUCCUCGUGUGUGCUGAAUUUUAUCACACUAUGGUCACUGUUCCCUAAAUGUUCCACAACACUGACACCUCACGCUGGUCCUGUGCACCACUCAGAAUUAAGUCCAAGAUCACCUUCUCUCUGGUUGGUUUCAUGACCAACUGUUUUAGGGCACAGUCAUUCAGCGUAUCGAGAAAUUUGGCCUCAUCAUUAUUUGAAUGUUCAUUCAAGUAAUGUACCCAAUCUGUGUGUACCCAGUCUAUGUGUGGGUACAGCUCUAUCUCUCUUUGAUGCUUCCCUGAUUUGCUUCUGCAACUCCCAGUCACUGUCAGCAUUUUGAUCAGGAGGGCGAUAGCACAUCCCCAGUAACACAUUUCCUUUCAGGCCUUCUAUUGUCAUCCACAGAGUUUAUGUGGAGGACUCCAGUCUUCCUAGGUUUUCUAGCUUGUGAGAUUCUAUCCCUUCUUUAACAUACAGUGCUACUCCACCUCCAGUUUGCCCCCCCCCGUGUCCUUUCUAUAGAGUUUAUAUUCAGGAAUAACAGUGUCCCACUGGUUCUCAGUGUUCCACCAGAUCUAUUUUCUCAUUAGCAAUCAGGCACUCCAGCUCACCCAUCUUGGCUCAGAAGCUUCUAGCAUUGGCAUAUAAGCACCUAUAUGCAGAAUCUCUUACCUAGUAUCGUAUGUAUUAUUUUUCUUAUGGCCAUUUGAUCUCUUUGACCAGCUAGCACAUCCUCCUGUCUCCUCUUUGCCUAGUUCUGCUCUGUCUCCUUCUGGUUUAUCUGGCACAUUUAUACCCUCACACCUUAAGGGAUGGCAUUUGCUGAAUCGGAUACUGCCCAACACCUGUCAACUAUCCCCCAGGCGUCUUUUUAAAGUGUGUCAUCAAAUAAGCAUGAUCAGCAUUGAUUUGUCUCAGGUUUGUUUUCAUUUUAUUAUGGGAUGAACAAUUAGAGGAUUCACAAUGCAUUUAUAGGUCUACCUGGUUUUCAUAAGCCAUGUUGAAGAUGCAGACUUUCAUUUUGACCUCCACAGUUGUACACAUGUAAUGUUUGUCCCUGAACAGAAGUUUUGUUCAAAGGCUGAAAAUGUUUGAAUACCAGUUUAGUAAAUGGUAAAUCAGAAGUCUAUAAUAUUUCCAGUUUCAUACAACUGACUCUUACAAAAAUGUGACCACAUCUGGUAGUGGUGCUUUAUUGUAAAUUUCAUAUAAGAAAUUGAAAGUUAAAAAUAUAAGCCCAAAUCUUAGAUUUUAUAUCUGUAACACAUUUGAGUUAGGGUUAUUUUAAACAUGGAUUAAAAACCCUAACAAAUAGCUUGCUUUGGUUGUCAAUACCAUGUUCAGAUGGUCUAUGGGAUGCUCUAACUUAUGGUAUGAUGACGGGGGAGAUUUGUUUGUCUACAUCUCUGUUUUUGUUUGUCUGCAUCCACAUGCAUUUAUUUUAGCAGCAGAGCUAAUGCAAAUUAACUGCAUUCAAUAUGGCAUUUUUCUCACUGUGUCUGCUGCACUAUGGUGGCUGGAUCAUCAUAUCAUCAGAAAAAAAGAUCCUUUUUGCACUGUAGUGCUCCUUUUAAGAUUUGUGCAAAUUUGUCCAGGUGGUACAAAUUUGUCCAGUAAUAAAAAUUUAGCCAACUGGUGGUACACUUAUUUUUGCACUUUCUUAGGGAGGAAACGUUCUUUAUGGAAUAAGAAGCAGUUGUUGACAUGCUGCACAGCUUAAUGUAGGUAGUUCAGAAUUAGCUGCAUUGUUGUACGAUGUGGUCAUUCAGAAUUAGCUGCACUGCAACACACUGGCAGUGCUCUGAACAGGCCUCCUCUGCUAUUACUUAGCCUUGCACAAUUGCAUGUUGAGAUGCCAAUUGGUUUGGGAAUAAUGGAAAUAGUGUUGCAAUGUGCAAUUGUGCAAAAGCAAGCAGUAGCAGAAGAUCUCUGUUGUGCAGAACUGCGGGUGUGUUUUUUACAUGCCUGCAGUAGCACAGAUGUUUUUGAACUUUGUGCAUCAGCUGUGCAGCAUGUCAGCCAGUGUGUAUUUCCUGUGUUAAGACUUUGUCUUAACAUAGACAUUAACUUUGCAUCAAAGACGUGUUGACGGUAUUCUGUAGUAUGAAUUCUAUAAUUUUUAAGUGAUAAGGUUUUCUUUUAAUAGAAGUUUUAGUAAGAACUUUUAAAAUUGCAUUUAAAAAUCAUGAUUAUCUAAUGCUCAGGCCAAUAGGACAAAUGGAGAGCCAUUUUUUUUAAAAAAUAAACACCCCCCAUAUAUUUAUUUUUGAGAUGCUUCUAUAAUGUGCCUUGGAAAUUAUUAGAGCUGAUAUUGCUAGAUGUCUGAGUCUCAGCAACAACAUCAGUUGUUGUCUGAAGCAUGUUAGAUUUUUCUUAAAGAUUUUCUGAAAGUUUAAAAUAGAUUUUGAAAUUUAUUAAAACUUUACGUGAAUUUGUCUGUGUUUAUGUUGUGUUACAUGUUAUUUAUAAUUUAGGGUGUUGCCAGACUAUUACCAAAUAAAGAGUAGCUCACAUUUC